AUGGGUGUUAAGCCCAGAACAGACCGCCCCGUUGCAAUCAUCGGCGCCGGUAUCCUCGGUCGUCGCAUUGGCUGCGUGUUCAUCGCUGCUGGCUACCAUGUCCACAUCCGGGAUCCCUCGCCGGUGGCUCUCCGCGACGCGGCAGAGUUCAUCGAUCACCAUAAAGCUGAGUUCUCUUUGAUGCCGCGCAUUCACAAGGCACGCGAAGAAGAGAAGGAGGGAAAUGAGAACGACCCCGAAGUCAAGGUCUCCAUUUCCCAGGUUGAUCUCGAGUCGUCUACUUCCGCGCCCUAUGGUAACUGCAAGACAUUCACUGCGCUCGAGCCCGCAGUUUCUAAUGCUUGGCUGAUUAUCGAGGCUGUUCCUGAGGUGCUAAAGUUGAAGAUUGAUACCUUGGCGGAUUUGGAUAAGUACGCUCCAGCGGAUUGUUACAUCGGCUCCAACAGCUCCUCUUUCAAAUCAAGCUUGAUGCUCGCCAAGGUUCCCCCCAAACGUCAGCAUAAAAUCUUUAAUAUUCACUUUGCUAUGCCCCCUACUAUCCGCAUGGUCGAGCUGAUGACCUGCGGUAAGACUGACCCCGAAAUCUUUCCUUAUUUGGAGACUGUGUUGGGUGAGUGUGGCAUGCUACCAGUGACAGCUCGACGUGAAUCUACCGGGUUCAUCUUCAACCGCCUGUGGGCAGCAAUCAAGCGCGAAAUUAUGCAGAUUCUCUCUGAAGGUGUCAGCGACCCUAGCGAAAUCGACCUGCUCUGGGAACACAUGUUCAGGAAUGGCCCCCUCCCCUGUCAACUGAUGGAUCCAGUCGGUCUCGACACCGUCGCCUUCAUCGAAGACAACUACAUCCAAGAAAGGGGUCUCCCCUCAGGCCCAACGGUCGACUGGCUGCGCAAGGAAUACAUCGACCAAGGACGCCUCGGAAAGAAGAGCGGAGGUGGCGGCCUCUACCCCCCGCUCGCAAAAUCCUCUUCUGCAGAAGAACCCCCAGCAAACCCGCACAGCGCCGCAAAGGACAUCUACCUACUAGACGUGGGCCUCGGCGGAAAUGCCAAGGAUGUCUCACAGGUGCACUCGAACGGCAAAAUCCUCCGCCUCAACAUCGCAACCCAAAAGAUCACCCCAGUGGUGGUCGGCCAGAACCUGCCCGACGGUAUUGACUUGUCACUGUCCACACAGCGUAUCUUCUGGUCGAAUAUGGGCCGCAGCACGGCCGCCUGUGACGGCUCUCUCUGGUCGGCGAAUUUUGACGGCAGUGAUGUGACCUGUGUUAUCCCCAUUGGACAAGUGCAUACACCCAAGCAGAUCGCUGUUGUUGAAUCGCGGCAGCAGGUUUACUUCUGUGACCGCGAGGGUACUAGCGUGCACCGCUGUGAUUUUGAUGGUAGCAACCACGUUAUCCUAGUGCAGCGCCGUGUGGACCCUGGAUCGAGUCAGUUAGAUCAGAUGAAGCUUUGGUGUGUUGGUAUUGCUGUCGAUGCGGAGCGCGGUCUGUUGUAUUGGACACAAAAGGGGCCUCCCAAGGCUGGUCUUGGUCAGAUCUUCUGCGCUAGCCUGGAUAUCCCUGCCGGUCAGACUGCCGAAAACAGAACUGAUAUUCGGCGUCUGUGGGACAACCUGCCUGAGCCUAUUGAUAUUGAGUUGGAUGCCGAGAGUCAAACUCUGUACUGGACGGAUCGUGGUGAGCAUCCUUUCGGCUGCACAUUGAAUCGUGCGUAUGUUGGUGGUGAAGAGAUGGACAUGGUGAAGGUUAUUCUGGCCCGUCACUUCCACGAGCCGAUUGGUUUGAAGUUGGAUAAGGCAAAUAAAAUUGUAUACGUGGCUGACCUGGGUGGUAGCUUGUACUCGGUAUCAUUGGAGGAUGGAGUUAAGACCGAGCUUGCGCGCAAUGAUGCUUGCUACACUGGCUUGACACUUGUUUAG